AAAGUUCCGGUGAUAGUGAUUAGCUAGUGAUCGAUGUGCAAAGAACGGAAAGCGUGUGGGUGUCCAUUAGAGGCCUCAUAGCUGUCAUUAAUCUCAGCAGGGUUUCAGCUCAAUGGCUGUUAUGUUUACGGUGUAAACGAGGUGAAUGAUGGAGAGUGCGGAAGCGGCGCCGUUCCGGAUCGGCUCCACAGUCCGGGCGCUGCGGUGUGCUCUGCGGAGGAAAACCGGACACGGAGCCGAGUCAGAACACACCGACAGCGGGGAGAGCAGCACCGCCGAGCGGGACAAGCUCUGGUUUAAAGAGAGCAGCGCGAAAAACCUGCGAAACCGAGACUUCCUGGCGCCUAACACGGUUCUGGCUACGCUUUACUCUGACGGACAGGUUCCUCCGGCUGUUCUAAGGAGUGUUCUCUCUCUCCGCGGAAGUGGUGUGUUACCGCUUGCAGGAUGCGACCUCACAGCAGAGGGGCUGCGUGUGACAGUGGACCGCUGCGCAGCGUUCCGAGGUGUUUUAUGUGGGACGAACGCGUACCUGAGACCCGCCACUCAAAGACAGGGGUGUGUUCUGAUCAACUGCCCUGCACUGCAUGCCAAACAAGCUCCGCCUACUCCAGACACACUGACUCUGGGGCAGCUUCGUACUGUUCUCAUUGCCGACCACCUCGGAGCAGUGCUCCUGAGACAAGGUUAUUCGGUGUCCUUUUGUCCUGCCCUGCCUGAGGAGAGUGACAUCAUGAGCUUUCUUCGAAUCCUUUGCAUCGAUUGGCCCGCAGCGUCUGUGAGCUGGACCUGUGAGCAGAGAGAGGAAAAGAUGCGGAACUCCCUGGAGAGCUGUUCCUACAGAGAGACAGAUGGAGAGAGGGGGAAGAGGGCGAGUAAAGGAGAGGAUGGAGGGAUGACAGAUGAGGUCAGGAUAAAUCUGAAACGAGUGAUGGAGGACGUAGAGGUGCAGGGUUAUGACCCCACUCUUGGCACCUGCACAGUGCAGCGAGAGGCAUUGUGUCACCUGGCUCAACUGGACAGAGCUGUAGAAGACUUUCCUGCAUCCACUGCUACAGUGCUGCAUGUGACUUCCUGUCAGGACGAGUUCCGCCUACAGCAGACCGCUAUGCUUUGGAGAGCUACCAGUGCCAUGGCAACUCAGAGGCUUGUAGUCUGUGGUCCAGUAAAGACUCCAGGAAGUCAAAUGAGCGCAGCUCAGUACCUGCAAUUAAGAAAAGUGCAGAUGAAGGAAGCUUCAGAGAUGAAAUAUGGAGAACAAGUGGAAGGACAGACUUGGGAUGACAUCAUCAGAGUGAUGACCUGUGCCACAGUGCGGUUUGAGCUGCUCUCCACAGCACACACUAGCCCAGUGACUCUCGAUGUACAGCGUGAGGUGGGCGUGUCCACAAAGGGUCCAAGGGGAGGAGUCUUUGUGAUGUAUAACUGUGCGAGACUACACACGCUGUUCAGCAGCUAUGAAAAAGGCGUGGAGCAAGGCAUCUAUCCCGAAAUCCCUGCCGGCACAGAGUUGGAUUUUUCCUCUCUAAAAGAGGAGGGGGAGUGGCUUCUUCUUUUCAAUUACCUCAUUCCAUUCUCGGAGCUUCUGGACCAAUCAGGACAGACACUGGAGUUGGAAGGAGCAGGAGCCAGAGUUAAUUUAAGAACAGAGCAGGUCUGCAGAUUCCUGGUGUCCCUCAGUAAAGACUUUAGUUCCUAUUAUAACAGGGUCCAUGUUCUUGGGGAGCCGUUACCUCAUCUUUUUAAUCAGAUGUUUUGCCGGCUGUUGUUGCUGAAGGCUUUGAGGGAACUUUACCACAGCGCCUUGGCUUCAUUAAAUCUGCCCCCGAUUCCACAGCUAUAGCCCCGGGCCAUUUGACCCCCCAGUACGUCGAAACGAACACUCCGUAUUACAUAGAAAUGUGCCUGGAAUGUUUAAACAAAAAUGACUAAGAAUAUACCUGGAAAUUGCUCCAAAUCUUCUAUGAUCAUCCAGAAACACACCAAGAAGUAUUAAACAAGUUGUCCUGAAGUAAUGUAAUACACUGCCUGGCCAAAAACAAAAAAAAAGCUACUAUUUUAAACCGGUCAAAUUAUUGGUUUGCAUUAAGCAAAGAGAAUUACGGCCUAUUAAUUUAUUAAAACAUGGAAGAAUAAUGCUGAACCAUAAUUUGAUUACGUUAAUGCUUGCAUAGUAAAAAAAUAACCAGUAGAAAUCACAGUUAUGUUUAAUAGUGAAAGUAAAAGCAUUUUUCGCACAUGGUGCACCUUGAACUCCACUUAAUAAUAAACAAGAAAACCACUUGUUAGUAAGACUCGGUGAAAAAAAAAAGGCUUAAAUUUAUUAGAAAGCAAUGGGAAAAGGUCAUGGGGUCAGAUGUGUUCGGAAUGACCCAUUUCCAGAAUGAUGGGCACUUCAGGGUAAGAAAGGAAGUAUAUGAAGCGAUGCAUCCAUCGUGCAUACCGCUCAAUGUACGAACAUCUGAAUGUAGUGUUAUGACUUGGGGUUGCUUCAGUUGGUCAGGUCUGGAGUCAGUAAUGUUAUGUGGCAAUAAAACAAAGUCAGCCGAAUGAUUUUUUUCUUCCAUUAUGGCACGUGUAUACGCCAGGACUCAAGUUGUGAAAGAGUGGUUCUGGGAGCAUGAGGAAUCAAUUUCCUGCACAUGGCAUGCCAUAAUCCAAGCUAAAGGAGAUUGAAUGAAAUAUUAGUGCUGUUUUUUUUCUUCUUUUUUUUUUUUUGGUCAGACUGUGUACUUGCUCUGGUUUCUUUAUCCUUUAUUUCCUUUAUCCCAAACUAUAAUAUUUAAUACAACUAAAAAAGUCUGAAUUUCUAUCAGCAAUUGUCUGCAGAAACCACAUAACAACCACAACAAAAUUUUACACAAUAAUAAAUACUGCACCCUAACUGUCCUUUGUUAUUGUUAUGUGUUUCCCUUUACACCACAGUCUCUGUUGUGCUCGUUUUACUAGUUCCUUGUUUCUAUAGUAACGCCUCAUUAACAGGGAGUUGUGUAGUGUAAGUUCCACACGCAAAGUUUAACAAUAAACAGGUUUCGAAAUGUGUUGUAUAUAUUAAAAAAAAAUUGUCCAUUCAUUGAUGUGAUGCGGUUUGCUGUAAAUGGAGGUUCAUUUUGCAAAAUAUAAUAUUGAGAGUGUUAGAGCUUUUUGACCAUCUGCAUAAUUUUGGUCUUAAUUACUUUAUGAUAAAGUCGGGGAAAAAAACAGGCUGCUGAUGGAAUGCACUGGUACAUCUUUUAAAAUUUCCUCUUGCACAACUUUUUCAGUAUUCUUGGUGCAGUUUUUGUACUUCUUGGUGCUUUUUAUCUCACUUGUCCUUGUAUUGUGAAUGAGAACUUAACACAUAAACACUGAUCAACACUUACAGUUGUGCAUUAAAGAAUAGGGUUUCAAUAAUGUGUAAUAAACUGUAUUUACAGUGCAAUCGGAAAGUACUUAAAGUGCAUCGCUUUUUCCAUAUUUUAGGUCACAGCCUAAUUCUAAAAUGGAUUCAUUUAAUUUUU